AUGAACUUUAUCUUAUUAUCUGAUUCACAACCAACUCAUGUAUUGUGUAUAAAAACUUUUCAAGAUCUCAAGCUUGACAGAUACAAGAUAUUAGUUCAAGUUGUAAUUGGUGAACAGAAAGGAGAAGGAGUUAAAGUUGCAUGUCGAUGUCUUUGGGACUCUGACACUGACAAUUACGCACAAGAUAUAUUCAUGACGGAUACUUUUUUUGUGUUGCGUCAGUUUAUGGUGUUUAUCAUUAUUAACAGAGAUAUUCAUUCAUCACAAAUUAAAAACGCUGUUCCAUUUCAAGACAUUUUUGCGCAAAUUUCAAUCAUCAACUGAACAAUUAUUUUACCGACACUGCAAAUCCUGAUAAAUUUGCAGAUUCAAUUAGUUUUCAGUUUUUGUGUUUGAAACAUAGAACUCAUCAGAAGUAAAGUUGUUAAAUACCAUUAUCAUCAACAACCUACUAAAAGCUUGUUAUAAAUUACUUUAAAAACAUGUCAUGGCGCUCUAUGGACAAUUUAAACAUCUAAAAUCUUAUUUCUAAUUCUAUAAAUCUCACUUAUCCUGACUUUUAUUGUAAUGUCAGAAUGUUCAUAGUGAUUUACACUACAAUGCAGUACUGAAAUAUUACAUGUAUGUACGUUCACGAGAAA